GGAUCUUAUAACGUAACACCAUGUGCAUCGUUCAGUCUCUUAUUUUGUUUAAUCGGGCGUUUUACACGAUAGAAUUACAUUCAUUUUCCCUAUUCUCAACAUAAAAAGUCGAAACGAAAAAAAAUAUUCAAAGUAUUUUGAAACCGGGAUAGCCAAGUAUGAUACAUGGACUAAACAAUUCUACAGUGAUAUUUUAUACUUUUAAAACAUUGAAAUAAUUCCUGUCUGAUAAAAUGAUAUUGCAGAUUUUUUUCGGCUUAAUAUUGGUCAUUCUUACAUUUGAAAACGCAACAUCAACUACGAGUAGCUUUUUGAUCUUCAGUAAUUUUGCGAUAACACGUGAUGAAGCACAAUAUUGCUGUAAUAAAUACGGCAUGACGCUAAUGACUGUCAAAGACCAAACAACGCAAUCAUGGCUGGAAAGUAAUCUGCUUCCAGUUGUAGGAACAACAGGAGCCUAUUGGUUAGGUGUGUUCAGUGACAACAACACUUCUGAUGUCUACGAUGUUAAAACUGAACCAUUUUCGUGGACAAACUGGGACAGUGGGAAUUUACCUCCAGAAAAUACUGGCCCCAAUGGAACUUUAAUGUUCAACUCAUCUGUAUGUGUUAAAGGAGACUUAAGUGAGGUCUUUAAAUGGAAGUUGGCAAAUUGUGAUGAAAAAUUGCCUUAUAUCUGUCAAACAUUUGUGAAUGACAGUGUGAACGUUGUUGAUGUUGGUGAUCAUAGUCAUAUUAAAUGUCCAGAACUGUUGAAGUACAAAUCAUCUAUGAUCAGUCGUGUAGGAAACAUUCUUCAAAACGGAUUGGCAUAUGCAGGGACACAUGGACUGUUUAAGAAGGAAGACAAGAUAACAGAGAUGAUGUCACAAUUAGAGUCUCACAUUGUAACACACUAUCAUGAUUGUAUUAUCCUCUGCAUGAAUCACGCUCAGUGCUCUGAGGUCAUACUUGUCAGUAAUCAACUGUGCAUGCUGUACCAGUCAAGUUAACUCUUUCGAGAAUCGUUUUGUUUCACCUGACAAACAAAAUGGCUGAUGUCCCUCAAUAAAUAUCGCUUAUAAAUUGACAUAUUUCCUUUCAGUUUUGUAAAAGAAACAA